GUAUGACUAAUGGCCUGGCCAGACUGUCGAUACAGUAUCUUACAGGCAAGAGAUACGUCUCUGAUGUGAGAUGAUUAUUAUUGAAGAGUGACGGGCGAUUAAGUCCCUGAUCAGGCAUCCAAGGGACUCUCGAGUCCCUCAUCCCUUUUCCCUGGACUGCUUGGGACCUUGCAUGGACAGUUAUUUGGGGAGCAACUUAGUCCGCAGGCAGGCAUAUGUAGAGUGUAUCUGAUCUCAAACGUGGCCCAUCUAAUUUCUGUAUCUCCUUCAGGAGUUCACAACAUGCCUUGAGUGUUGUCAUCCGAAAGCAUCGAGCGCAUCGCCCGGAAGCGUCGCUGCCUUUCGCCCCCCACAUGCGCCUCUCUCUCUCUCUCUCUCUUCCUGGGCUUCUGCUUCUUGGUUUCUGGUCCCGACCUCCAACUCUCCCCAUUUGAACUCCCUCAUCAUCGCUCCUCAUCUCAUUCACUCCUCUUCAACUUUUCCAUCUCUCAUUCCUUCCCCUCCCCUAAACCUUUCAUCUACCCGCCAAUCUCCCUAGUGUCGCUUUCCCUCCUUAUCUAAUAAUAUUCAGUUUAGCGUUACAGCGAGUCCGUGUCGACGCAACACCUCCAACCAGUCAAUGAACGAUGCGGGGAUCUGAGGCAUCGGGGCCCGGUGCUCUCUUUGAUGCUCCCUCGACUCUUGCCACGUCCCUUGGAAUCAAUCCCACCGCUGCUUCUGAACCCCCUCCGACCGAUCCCAAACUAGUCGCCUCGAACAUUGAACAUGUCUUGUUGUCCAUGUCAGAAGGCAAUGGCGGUCUAGUCAGCGUCAGUGGCAACUCGUCGGGUUCUACCGGCAAGGGUAUCCUGAUAGGCGUCCUCUCUGCCUUUGGAUCCGCCGCCGUUGCAGUGCUUGUACUCGCCGUCUUCUUUUUCUUCAAAUACACUCAGCGUGGUAGAAUUAUUCUCGAUCGCAUCGGCCGACCGGGUGAAUUCGAUGAUGAGCAAGCGUUUGCGCGCGAGGAGGCGGAAGCCUUGGAGACGAUGGAUGACCUCACGCGAUCGGAGUAUAUGAGAGCGAAGGCAUUUAUCGAAGCCAAUCCGCCCGAGUCCGUACAAACCGACAUAUCACUCUCUCAGUUCCUCGCGAUUCAAGAAAAAGGAGUAUCGGCUUGGGAGUUUCAACCAGAAUUGGAAAUCGCCAAUUGCUUUGUCGAAGGCCGUACGGAAAUCGAGUUCUACGACUCGGAAUGCAGUGUCCAGACCAAUUUGCCCGUUCCGAAACAGAAUGACGUCUAUUACUGGGAGGCUAAGAUCUACGACAAACCUGACAAUACUCUUAUCAGUAUUGGGAUGACUACGAAACCGUAUCCUUUGUUCAAAUUACCAGGCUUCCACAAGACUUCGGUCGCAUACCAGUCCACGGGUCAUAGGAGGCACAACCAGCCAUUUGCACCAACACCUUACGGUCCUCACCUUCUGCAAGGUGAUGUGAUCGGUGUGGGGUAUCGACCACGCUCGGGUACAAUUUUUUUCACUCGCAAUGGCAAGAAGCUGGAGGACGUUGUCCACGGUCAUAAAGCGCAGAAUUUCUUCCCCACUGUUGGAGCCAAUGGGCCUUGCUCCGUCCAUGUGAACUUUGGUCAGAUGGGCUUCGUGUUCAUUGAGGCCAACGUCAAGAAAUGGGGCCUGGCCCCGAUGACGGGUAGUCUGGCUCCGCCUCCGCCUUACGGCAGCGAGCAAGGCAGCAUCCUGCUAGAGUCGGGUCGGGAGAGUGCAGCUCAGAUCUCUCAACGGGUCUAUCAGGAUGCCAAUAAUGCGCGCACCAGUUCGACUGUCCGUGUUGCGCCUUCUGCCAGUCCCGGCCCUGUGCGAUCACCCACCGAUAUAUCCCUGGCUCAGCUUGCCCACAUCCCGUCGAACGAGGACGUAGGCGAAGGAUCCAGCCGGACCAAUGUCGUCGAUGGAGAGCAAGUCCCCUUGUUGCAUACGAACGAUCUCGACCAAGUCCCGCCUCCAGAAUAUUCCAGCCCGGAUGGCAGUCGGAGAGGCAGCGAGGAUCUGCCCUUUGACGAACAGCCUCCGAUACCCAGCUACGACGCUGCUGUUGGCAACCGGGACGGUCACAGGGCGCAUCCCAACGAGAAUCGUUAGAAGGCGACCGAGGUCCUGCAACUAUUGUUAUCGUCUAUUCAUCAGUUAUUGGCGCAGCGUCUCUUUGAUGUGUAUACGGCAUGCUUCAGCCACUGGUUCUAUUUCUACUACUGUUCCCUUAUUUUAGCGGCCACGGUCGGCGUUCCACAGGCGGGAUUCUACGGGUUAGGUUUCACGGUUACGCCGCUAGAUGUGGCAAUGAUGAAUUUUACGUAUAUAGGGUCUGAUCGUUUCUGUCUUCAUUCGUCAUUUGGAUCAGUUGUCUCGAGUUAGGUCCGUGGGAACCUUUUUCAAGGUUGAAUCCCGUAAUGCCUACCCUCCCUUCGGCAUCAAUUUCUUCGAGGAGAGGCGGUCGGCAGGGGUCUUCUCGGCCUUGACCGACCGGAAGAGCGGACAAUGCUGAUCCAAUGAUGACCUUGUUUCCUUGCGCAAUUCGUGUCAAAAAUGGGUGCUCUUGAACUGGGUGGAUUUAUUGCGGUGUUUGUCUGGGAGUAUAUUUUUUCAUGGUUGAACACAUACAGUGGUUAUUUAUAUCAAUCCUUGUCUGCGCUUCCCUGUAUUUUGUGUGUAUGUGUAGCAUUCGAGUGGUCAUCUGCCCUUGCGCUGCUGGAUAACCGG